AUGCACAUGCGCUCGCUGUAUUACAAGCAAUACACCCACGGUACAACGGCACCCGAGUACGGAGUACCUCUCCUACCACUCCUGCUCGUGGCGUCCAUCGGCGUCGUCCUCUACGAGCGUCGCCCUGACCGGACCAGCCAAGGCCGGCCGGCCAGAACGUUUGCUUCUCCAUCAUCCCCUCCCCACCGACGCCAACCAACCGACUCCACCCCUGCGACGUUCAAAUCAUCGGCCGAGGCAGGGAUUCGGGGAGGUGUGGACACGAUAGACGCACAGAGGCGGCGGCAGGCGACUCCGUACGAGUACCGCACAGUAGGCGCAGCGCUGUACGGAGUACGGAGUACAUUCGUCCACGGUGCGUGGUGGCUGUACUUGCUUGGGCUGCCCACGUUCGAGUGCUGUGCAAGCAGUGUCAAGCACCGAGUGCAUGUACUGUAUGUGCAGUACUCCUACUCCGUACCUACAGUACACCACAUGCACGUACUCCGUACCUACACCUCCAUCGUCCUCGCCCUCCUUUGCCCUCGAGGUCGUCGUCCACCGCUCGAUCUUGGCCCGCCUCCGCAGCAACAGCAGCAGCAGCAGCAGCAGCAGCAGCAGCAGCAGAUCAAGAGACUCCGCUCGCCCCCCUCCCCCCAGCCCCAUCCUCCUCCGCGCUGCCUGCUCGAGGGACGGCCGCUCGUCCGUUCGUUCCUUACCCGACAUCUCGACCGUCUCGCCAUUGACCUACCGAGUCCCCCUUCCGAGACGUCGUCGACGCCGAAGCUACCGGCUGCACGUCACCGCCGCCCACGACGCCGCGAGCCGACGACGGCACUUGCCACGCCCGUCGAGAUUGAACGAGUCAAAGAGGCGGAACCGGAGCGACAGACGACGACGCACGACGACGGAUCCCACCGUCCGACGCCGAGCAUCCGCCGACAGCCCACGGCCAUGGACAGCGUCGUGCUUCCCGUCAUGGCCCCGGUGCCCGGCUUCUACUUCCAGCAGCAAGGCAAGCUCGAGGCGACGUACCCGAUGGUGCCCGUCUUGCCCUCGACGCCCAUGUACUCGCGGCCGGACCCCUCCUGCUCGCAGCCGCCGACGCUUCUGAGCAACGGACCGUCGCUCGUGACGGCCAGGGGCUCGCCGCCGCCGCCGCCUCCUCCUCGCAAGCCCUUUGUCGUGCUCGAGACGGACCUGGCCGACAGCCUGUGCUACCCGUCGACGCCGCCCCUGUCCACCUCGGGCAGCGCCGUGGGCAGCCCCAAGAGCGCCCUGGACAUGCUGCAGACGCCCAUGAACCCCAUGUUCUCGGGCCUCGACGACCUGCCCGAGGUCAAGAUGGGAUUCGACGCGGCCGAGGCCACGUCGGUCCUGGACUGGUCGAGCUGCGGAUCGCCACCCAUGACGCCCGUCUUCAUUCAAUCUCAGCCCGCCCGUUUUCCCUCGCUCGAGUGCGCGGCCAGCGACCUUUCCACCGAAGCAGCAUCGUGUCCGUCCCUGUCUCCAUCGCCCACGCCGUACGCACGAUCCGUCGUCUCGGAGCACGACGUCGACUUUUGCGAUCCCCGCCACCUGACGGUGUCCCGCCACGGUUCCCACCAGGCGCCCUUGGCGGCCGAGCUCGCCUUCAGCUACGCCCACCCGUCCUGCCCGGCCGCCCACACCGCGAGGUUUGAGCCCUCGGCCGUCGGCGGCUUCGGCGAGGACGAGCCCAAGGCGCAGCUGCCGUCGACCGCCGGCGUCCCGUCGUCGCGGUCCGCCUUGGACUUUCACGCCGCCACGGCCCACGGCCUCGCCGGCUUCGACGACAUUUCCGACCUCGAGUCGGAGCCCGACUUUGGCGGCUUCGUCGACCUCGAAGGCGACGGCUGCUGCCUCGCCGACGUCUCUCGCCCGCGGGCCUGCUCCGGCUCGUCGGUCGUCUCCCUCGGCCACGGCAGCUUCAUCGGCGGCGACGCCGAGCUGGACCUCGACGAGACGGCCCCCUGGCCCUUUCCCGACUUCCAGCACCUUCCCUCGACGCUCGACGCGGCCGAGGACGUGCACGAGGACAAGCGACGGAAGCAGGCGGCCGGCGACAUGGGCACCUUCUCGGCGGCGUCGACGGUGACGGCGGUGGCGAGCGACGGCCCGUCCUCGGCGCCGAGCCCGCGGGCCUCGGACAAGGCCGAGUCGGUGGCGUCGGACCCCAACGACUCGUCGGGCUCCGAGGCGGCCACGCCCCUGCCGGCGCCGACGAACCGUCGCGGCCGGAAGCAGUCCCUCACCGAGGACCCGUCCAAGACGUUCGUCUGCGAGCUGUGCAACCGACGCUUCCGCCGCCAGGAGCACCUCAAGCGCCACUACCGCUCCCUGCACACGCAGGAGAAGCCGUUUGAGUGCCACGACUGCGGCAAGAAGUUUUCGCGCAGCGAUAACCUCGCCCAGCACGCGCGCACCCACGCCGGCGGCGCCAUGGUCGUCGACCUCGCCGACAACGACGACGAGACGGCCUACGACGACGACGCCGCCGCCGACGCCGCCAACCCCGACGUCGCGCGGUACGGCAAGGUCCUCUUCCAGAUGGCCUCGGACCUUCCGGGCAGCGCGAGCGAGCUGUCGUCGGAGGAGGGCGCCGCGUCGGGCAAGAAGAAGCGAAAGCGAGGCAACUAG